AUGACUCGUUCCACGCUUAAUACUGGCCCUAUCAACCUGGUUUUGGACCUGGGAGGGGUACUCUUCCAUCCAAAAUUGGGCCAAAUGAAUCUGGCCACUGAUAUGUCCUCUUUAUCGAUGGGAAGACUUGUCUCUACAUCGAUAUGGAUGGCCUAUGAGUGUGGAAAACUCUCUGAGAAAGAAUGUUAUAAACAGCUAGCAGAUCAAUAUGGAAUCCAAGCAGAUGAUCUUGCGAUGACCAUAAGCAAAGGCCGUGCAAAUGCUGAAUACGAUAGAGAUUUAGUGGCUAGUCUCUGGGACUUCAAGAAGUCUAUGGCUGGCAAGGUAGUGUUCAUUCUUGCAUCGAACAUUUCCAGCCCAGAUUACAUGGCUCUUCAGCAACUGUGGGGAGAGGAGUUCUGGUCACUUUUUGAUCACAUUUUCCUUUCAUCUACAGUGAGAACUCGGAAGCCGAGUAUGCGAUUCUACCGCCACAUGCUGGGGGUCAGUGGUGCUGUACCGCGAGAUACGAUUUUUGUGGAUGACCGGCCAGAGAAUGUGCUGGCGGCGUCUGCUUUGGGUAUCAAAGGGAUGGUAUUCACCAAUGGCGAGAAUCUGUUGCGGAGUCUCGUGAACAUGACUGGGGAUCCGGUAGCGCGAGGCCAAGCAUUCCUCCAGGCCAAUGCUGGGCAACACCGUUCAAUCACAGAUCGAGGAGAGGAGGUAGAUGAGACUUACUCUCAACUUUUAAUAUUGGAUACCACGGGUGAUGGCUUACUGGUGUCAUUGAGUCGGCCCCCUAGAUUCUGGAACUUCUUCACGGGCGCAGCAAAGUUCACCACAGAGAUCUACCCGGACGACCUUGAUAGUACCGUUUUGGCCCUAGCAUCGAUGCCCUACGAACCCUCGGUGGUGCAUUCCAUGUUGGAUGAAAUGCUGAAUAAUGUUGACGAGGAAGGGUUGAUAUUGUUUUAUCUCGAUAAAUCACGUCCCAGAGUCGACGCAGUGAUCUGUCUCAACGUCCUCACGCUUUUCGGUAUGUAUGGAAGAGGCUACCAGCUGCCAGAAACUAUGAGUUGGGUCAACGACAUUCUGCUCAACAGAGCCUAUAUGAGUGGCACUCGAUACUACCCUACGGCUGAGUGGUUCUUGUACUACAUGGACCGACUCCUCUCAAGGUCUAAUGAUCAGAUCUUGAAGGAACAAUUUGAGGGUAUUCUCCGGACGCGGGUUAUUGAGCGGAUCGGUGCUGAAGGAGAUGCACUGUGUUUGGCCAUGCGUCUGGAUGGAGGCUGGGAGCCAUCAUUCAUGUAUCUUAUCCCGGGGUCCGGCAGGAAGCUUGGGAAUAGAGGCGUGACGACAGCAUUUGCAGUGAAGGCACUCCAGGGUGCCAUUUACACCUAG